AUGGAAACACCAUCAUCUCCUACUACCAAGCCGGCGCAGAAAAGCUCCGACAAAGCUCGAGCAAAUCCCGCCGCCCCUCAAACUCGCCGUGACAAGCCCCAGCGAGACUACAGUGACUCUGACGUCAUCCACCAUGUCUACUUCGAAGAUAACGACAGUUUCUUCCCCCCCGAGCUGGCUAGGCCAGGAUGGUGA